AUGAACAAAGUACCAAGGGCACAGGCAUAUAGUAACAAAGUACCCAAGACACAAGCAUAUAGGAACAAAGUACCCAAGGCACAGGCAUAUAGGAACAAAGUACCCAAGGCACAGGCAUAUAGGAACAAAGUACCCAAGGCACAGGCAUAUAUGAACAAAGUACCCAAGGCACAGGCAUAUAGGAACAAAGUACCCAAGACACAAGCAUAUAGGAACAAAGUACCCAAGGCACAGGCAUAUAGGAACAAAGUACCCAAGACACAAGCAUAUAGGAACAAAGUACCCAAGGCACAGGCAUAUAGGAACAAAGUACCCAAGGCACAGGCAUAUAGGAACAAAGUACCCAAGACACAAGCAUAUAGGAACAAAGUACCCAAGGCACAGGCAUAUAGGAACAAAGUACCCAAGGCACAGGCAUAUAGGAACAAAGUACCCAAGACACAGGCAUAUAGGAACAAAGUACCUAAGGCACAGGCAUAUAGUAACAAAGUACCCAAGGCACAGGCAUAUAGGAACAAAGUACCCAAGGCACAAGCAUAUAAGAACAAAGUACCCAAGGCACAGGCAUAUAUGAACAAAGUACCCAAGGCACAGUCAUAUAUGAACAAAGUACCCAAGACACAGGCAUAUAUGAACAAAGUACCCAAGACACAAAAGUACCCAAGGCACAGGCAUAUAUGA